UUUUUUUGCAAUUUUCGUGUUAUUUUUCGUUCUGUUUUUAAUAUUCUUGUUUGUCGCGUUGCACACAUACUUAUUUUUUUACUUUAAUCAAACUAUUACUUCUACUUAAAAUAACCACACAUCUAUAUUUGACAUGUCGACACUCAACAUGCCAUUGGGACAAGGCUGCGACGUUGCCGGGAUUGCCUCAGAGUGGGACAAAGACUGGCAUAUUGCCUCCCUGUUUAUCAUCAUAGGCACAAGCGCAGUCGGCGUAUUCUUGCCAAUAAUCAGUCAAACAACUCGCGGCGUUAGCGGGCUGGGCGUACCCAGCUUUGCCAUCCAGCUCGGGCAGUUCUUUGGUGCCGGAGUUAUUAUUGCCACAGCUUUCAUCCACCUAUUCCCCGCGGCAAAUCUGCGUUGACCAAUCCGUGCUUGGGCAGCUUCUCCGACAGAUAUGGUGCGUGGGCUAGUUUAAUUGCCAUGACCUCUGUUUUCACGAUGCAUAGCAUUGAGUGGUGGCUCGUUGAGGCGUGGCUUGAUCGCACGG